AUGGCAGCUUCGCGUUCCGCGGAGGAGAAGCGCUUCUCGCAGGGCCCGGAUCCGGGGCUAAACCGUGCCCUCACGGGUGCCGCCGGCGCCGCCGCCCCGGGUCGCGCCCCGCGCGGGCAAGGGCGGGAGCCCCUGGCCGGGCACCGGGAGCGACCCCGGGGCGGGGAAGGAGGGGGGCCGGCGGGCAGGGCGGGGGCAGAGGCAGUUUGUUUCAGAUUAAGCGGUCACAUCUCCGGCCGAAGAAGCGGCGGGGAUCUCCCGCGUUUGGCAAUGCAAUCUGCUCCCGACGGCGCGGGGAGAGGGCAAGAUCAAAGCAUUCCUCCCGGGGAGACUGCGCGCGGGGUUGCCGUUUGGUCAGCCUGCCCUAACCUCGCUCCUAAAUUUCCCGGAGGAAGGCAGGGCCGGGGAUGCCAGGAGCGGGCGGGCGGCGGCACCGGCACCUGCACCUGCACGCCCGCCGUCCCCGCCGCACGGGAGAGCGAUGCACAGCAGGGCCGGCGCUGGGCGCCCCGCUGCCGCCGGCUCUCGGGGCGAGACCUGCGUGCGGCCCUCGCGGCGUCCCGGAGCCGCUCUUCCCCCCCGCCGCUCACGGGCCGGGACGCUGCCACCAGCGGCGCAGCCCCCGCCGCCGCCUGCGCGGCCCGAGGGUGCCCGCAGGGCGAGGGGAAGGGCCGGUGCCCUGCCCGGGCGGCGGCGGCGGCCGCGCUGGGAGCUCCGGGCGGGCGGCGGAGCCCGUGCCCGUCCCGCCGCCUCGCGGCUCCGCCUGCGCCGCUCGCCCGUGGGCCCGUCCGCACGGGCUUCAAGAGCAGGGUUUUUCCAUGCCGAACCGGUGGCCGGCGGCCGGUCCGUGUGCUCACCCGGCGCCGCCCCGGAGCCCUGGGCGAAGGACGCGCCGCCGCCGACUGGGAGAUCGACGUGGAGAGCGUGGAGGGGGAGGCGGCCGAGGCGGCCGGCGCGCCGCGCAGCAGCGCCGGCCCGGAGAGGGAAGAGGAGGGGGAGGAAGGCGAGGAGGCGGCGGCGGCUGCCCCGCGGCGCGGCGAGCCGCGGAAGCUGAGCCGCACGCCCAAGUGCGCCCGGUGCCGCAACCACGGCGUGGUGUCCUGCCUGAAGGGACACAAGCGGUUCUGCCGCUGGCGCGACUGCCAGUGCGCCAACUGCCUGCUGGUGGUGGAGCGGCAGCGCGUCAUGGCCGCCCAGGUGGCACUCCGACGGCAGCAGGCCACCGAGGACAAGAAGGGGCUGGCGGGGAAGCAGGCGAGCCUGGAGCGCAAAGCCGUCUACCAGAGGCACGUCCGGACGCCCAGCCUCCUGGCCAAGAGCAUCCUGGAAGGUUACCGUCCUAUUCCGACAGACCCUUACCUGGGAGGGAAUUCACCCUUGCCACCCCCUGUGAGUGACAGGAUGAGAAAGAGACGGGCUUUUGCUGAUAAAGAGUUGGAGAACAUUAUGCUAGAGAGAGAGUAUAAAGAGAGAGAGAUGAUGGAAGCUACACAAGCAGCUGCCCUUUUUCUCCCUAAUCGCAUGGUGCAUGGAGCUGAAUACAACUCAUAUAAAACAGCCUUUAACACUAGUCAAGUUGAUACUCCAAACAAGGAGUUUUGCAAUUUUUUACCGACCUGCCUUGAUCUAACCAUGCAGUGUUCAGGAUCCAGCAACAUGGAAUUAAUUUCUUCAAAUGUCAGUGUAGCUACUACCUACAGGCAGUAUCCCCUGUCUUCUAGGUUCUUAGUGUGGCCAAAAUGUGGCCCCAUUAGUGAUGCUCUCCUCUACCAGCAAUGCCUGUUAAAUGCUACUACUGUCCAAGCUCUCAAACCUGGGGCAGGUUGGGAUGCCAAGGUCUCACAAAGUCAGGACUGUCCAAACACUGAGCACAGCAUCAUGUCUCCAAAACUGGAAAAUUCACUCAUUCUGACCCACACGCAAGGCAUUCAGCAGUCGUGUAAUGAGAUACCAUGCCUUCCUCAGGAAGCUCGGGAGAGGUCAGCUUUCUCUCCUCCAAAAAGGACUUUCUGUCAGAUUUCUGAUAAGGAUUCUCUGGCUCCUCAGGAACAGGUAUUAAGCAAGAUCAGCAAAGACAGUACCAAGCCCCCUCCACCACUCAAAUACAAUUCAUUUCAGUCACUGUUCCAGCAAACGUUUCCUGACAGAUCAGGAGCAGAGUUGAGACCAUCAUUUGUGAAAGAGUCUUUUGAAGAUGCUUCUAAGAAAUACAGAGAAUGUGCCAUUAAAGAGAACCAAAACCACAAGUUUACUAUAGACAAAUGUGCAAAAGACUUCUUUGGGCCUAAACAGGCCACAACAAAACUUUCAACAACUGAACCACUGUCAUUUUCAGUUGAAUCCAUUCUUAAAUGA